ACCUUCCAACGAGCUACAGGUGUCCAUCAACAUCCGCGAGUGAUCUUCCAGGAUGACUGUAACAUAUGAGUCCGCUUCCCACCUGCUUCUUUUGAGAGUUUAAGCAUCCUAAAAUUCUGCUUCUCCAUCUUUCCUUAGCGCGAUCCUUCGAGCAAGCUUUGUAUCCAUGGAGUCUCAUAUGCACGUAUCUACUCAUACUCCGUCAUAAGACACUAGUACAUAUCUGUCAUGUCAUUCUUGAUGAUUUGGACUCCCCAUGUAAGAUACAGAAUAUCUUUCUUUAAAAGACACUUGAUAGAUCUCAUAAUCAAAGACUGUAUUGGAUUUCUUAUCAAUCUUUUAUUUCCUGGUUUAUUGACUUGAUCUCACUAUGUCAAGCUCAUCACCAUCCGCGGCUGCUUCGUCGGCCUCGUCUCAAUAUACAUGCAGCAUCUGCAAAACAACUUUUCAGAACAAUACUCUUCAGCGUACACACGCCAAGUCUGAUUGGCACAUCUAUAAUCUGAAGAGACACUUGACAUCGCUUCCACCAAUAUCCUACCAAAUCUACAACGAGCGUAUCGCAAAUGUUGAAGAAACCCCUCCAGCGGAAGACGCAAGCGUUGAUGGCUUCCACCAAUCAUGCGCGAUUUGCAAGAAAUAUUUCUACAAGUCAAAGCCCUAUCAAAACCACCUGAAAUCAGCAGUCCACGCUCAAGCAAUCGCUCACCUAGUAGAAUCCGAAAAUGAUUCCGAGGAAGACCAAGUGGAAAUCCUCACAUUAAGCGACACCGAAGACCUCAGUUCACAAGACGAAGGAACAGGUACCAAUUUGUGCCUCUUUUGUUUAUACCCUUCCCCCUCCCUCUCAUCAAACCUAACGCAUCUGCACACCGCCCAUAACUUCUCAAUUCCCAAACAAACCUCUCUAAUCGAUCUUGCUACAUUCCUCGUCUACCUCUCAACACUCAUCACUACCUUCCACGAAUGUCCGUUUUGCGGGCAAAUCAGAGAUACAGCUGCUUCUAUCAGGCAGCACAUACUUGAUAAAAGGCAUUGCCGUCUACCUGAGGAUGUGAUUGAGUCGGAAGAGUUCGGGGAAUUUUGGGAACUUGACAGUGAGGAAGACUGUGAAGCGCAGGAUAGUUCUGGGAAAGAGGGAAUGUUUGAUGCACGCUUCGAUUCAGACACAAAACAGCUCCAUCUCCCCUCCGGCCGAAUCCUCGGUCAUCGCUCUUUCACCCCCUCAACCCGAAAACCCCAUCAUCAACCCAACACCAAACCCUCCUCUCCGCAGAAUACCAUCGAAAACACCACCAAUCAGCCCUCACCCUCACCCUCAUCCGAAAGCAGUCUCAGCGCCACCGUCCAAACACACAGAGCAGCCAGACGCGCAGCCAUGGCGCUCACACGGAGUGAGAACGCUAAUAAAGGCUUGAUUGGUUUGUCUGAUGGGGGGAGGAGAGCUGUUAGGGUCAUGGAGAAGAAGAUGUUGAAGAUGGAGGUUAGGGCGAGGAAUUUGUAUGCGGCGAGGGUAGAGAGGGGGGCGAAUAAGCAGAAGUUUUUCAAGCCUGAUGUUCCGGGGCCGAAGAAUGGCUAGGAUGACUGCUUUGAGUGCCGCUUUCGUUGAUGUGGUGGAGAGUGGGUAAACCGUGGGCAGGAGUCUGGCUCUCUUGAUUACGAAAUGAGAUCAUAUUAAGUAAAAGAACUUUGUGCUGCGACGUAGAAAUAUGCAAGCGGCAGGUGUGUUAUGAUAAGAGUUGCACAAGAGAAGCUUCAAGCACGACGAGUGUGGAGUUCAUGAGUUUUGAGUUUACGAUCCGACAUGACAAUGUUGAAGCCAAGGGGAGGUUUGGGGAAAUUAAAAACGAUCGAAUCACGGACA